AGAGAGAGAGACUACAGGAACGCAGUCAGUUGCCUGUGCUGCUCAGUACCAGAAACAGGGAGCUGGGGAGGAAAUGGAGGGGCUCAGGAUCAUCGGCGGGAACUGACAUUAUAGACCAGGAGAGGAGAGGAGAGGAGAGGAGAGGGAGAACUAUCGGAGAGGAGAGGAGGAAAGGAAGGGGCUCGUCUGCACAACAGAAGAUUUCUAAGGAGAGAGCCCAGGGUUGAAUGGGACCCACCAUGCCGCCCAGUAAGAAGGCCAGGAGCCCCAACAGCGGAUUAGUAGCCACCCGGGGUCUGAGUCCUUUCUACAGGGAGGCGGAGGCAACAGACCUGUCCCUGUCCCUGUCGGCCUCCUUCUCCAAGGCCGAGGACGAGGAGCUCACAAGCCUCUCCUGGCUCCACGAGAGCACCAACCUUCUCAACAGCUUCUCCCACUCGGGGCUCCGCUCCGUCUCCCCCCUGCAGGACCCUGAUGGUCACCCCCUACCCCCCCUCUCCCCUUCCUCCUCCUCCCCCUCCCCUGAUCCAUGUGACUCCUCUUCCUACGACCUGGCCACGGGAGCCAAUAGGAAGCCCCCGUAUUCCUUCAGCUGCCUAAUCUUCAUGGCGAUAGAGGAUGCGCCAUCCAAGAGGCUGCCAGUGAAAGAUAUCUAUGGUUGGAUCCUGGAGCAUUUCCCGUAUUUUGCUAGUGCCCCAACUGGCUGGAAGAACUCGGUGCGCCAUAAUCUGUCGCUCAAUAAGUGUUUCAAGAAGGUGGACAAGGACAGGAGUCAGAGUAUAGGUAAAGGCUCGUUGUGGUCCAUAGAUCCAGAGUACAGACACAACCUGAUCCAGGCCUUGAAGAAGACCCCGUACCACCCCUACUCCCCGGGACUGGUUACCCCCUUCACCUCUCCUCCCACCUCUCCUCAGCCAUAUCACAGUCCUCUACUUUGGCCAAGGAGUCCCUUCUUCAGGAAGAAUGGAGUUCUCUUACAAGUUUCUGAAGGCGUGAUCCAAAAUGGGGCCUGCGUCAGGAGCCAUUGUCUGUUUCCUGUCAUCCGAUCCCUACCCAUUAGCCCUGUGGGCAGAAGGACCACUGCGAUAAGGUCAGCUCUGGGGGACUACCUGACCCCCUGUGACUACCCCUCCCACCCUCCCAGCGACGACCUCCAGGAGGACCACAACUACAGCAAUGCCAAAUCCCCCAGCAUUCCCUGCUCUUCCCAGGGGCCCUCCGUGUCUGACGAAGACGAUGACAUCAUUGCAGUGGAGGUGGGAGUCCACCGAGGGGUCAAAUCCGAACCAAAAGAAGUCCCACUGGACUCUGCCUCCGUCUCCUUCCUAUCCCAGCAUGCCCGGCGACGGGGACUGCCCUGGACCAAAAACCGCCUGCGGGCCCUGGGUGAUACGCUGCCGCUGAAGAAGCGCCGUUCGGCAGCAUUGGCGGAGAAGCCGCCGUUGGAGAGCGAUGAUGAGGAGAUGAAGGAGGCGGCUGGGUCGUUGCUCCACCUGGCGGGUGUCAGGGCGUGCCUCAACAACAUCACAAACCGAGCCAAGGCUGCUCAGAAAGAGAAGGAGCAGAAAGAGGCCCUCAGAAACUAACUAAUGCCAGGCCAUAGAGAGGCCUACACAUCAGGCCUGUAUACCUGGCCUAUACACCUGGCCAGCACACCUGGCCCGCACACCUGGCCUACCCACCUGGCCAGAACACCUGGCCAACACACCUGGCCAGUACACCUGGCCUACACACAUAUCGCCAUGGGCUAGAAAGUAAUCGCUGAGACACGCCACAAAGACCAAUGGCUAAAAGCAGCGGGUUGGCGUGGUGUGUUGCAAGGUGUGUUAGCAAUCACCUGCGGGGUGUUGACAAAUGGUGGAGAUUCAACAUGUAGAAACAUCGUGAAAUGAACAGAAAAGGACGGCAGAUAUUCUGGUCAGAGGAGACGGACACCAGCUGCUUCUAACCAUUGGUGGUGUGUUGUGUCUCUGACGCCUGAUUCCCACUAUAAACCCAAACUAAAGCCUAUACUGUGCUGGCUCUGAACAUUUAUUUUCAGAUUGUCCUUCCCAGCAUGGUUCCAGCAGCAACUAUGGUAGAUGAGGGUAACCAGGCCAGGAAGCCCCAGUACAUCUCGGCUUGGCUCAGCUCAACUUUGGCUUCAAUAGUGUGAAAAGGGUAUAUGGCCAGGCCUGAGCACAGAGGCCUUCAGUAGGACUACACGCCAGGUCUACACAGUGACCUAUCAACCACCAACGGGCCAGGAGAUAGAACUCUAUUCAAGCAUUAGUCUCAAUAGACAUUACUUCAUCUAUCUCUCUCUAUCUCUCUCUAGCUCUCUUUCUCUCCUCCAGGGGCAUUAGGAGAAUCCUACUUAUUUGUGGCAAUAUCAAAAAUCUCUGUUUUCCUAUGCGUUUCCUAUACGUUUCCUAUAUGUUUCACUCUAACUCUGAUGGGUAAUUGAUUCUCAUGUGUCUCUGUUGAUAUUUUUAUGUUGUGUAAAGGGGAUGUAAGCCAUAGAAAAAUAUGUUUUGUCACUAAUUAUGGAAAAACAUAGUAGAAAAUGUAAUGGUUGAGGAGAAUAGCUGAGCGUUUUGUGUAAUCUGUAAGUGUUUCGUCUGUGAAUCUGUAGCAAUUGUCCAGUAAUGAAAGCAAGGAAGUUGAGCCAAUAAUACUUCCAGUUUUAAAACUGUUCAAACUUGCUGCUCACACAUCCUACGCCCAUGAGCACAAAAUGUAAGACUGUGCCAAAGACAAGCGACCAGGUUGCCUGAUGUAGCCAAUCUGCUUACAAAGACAAAUAUAAAGGCAUUGCAACAUCAUAUAUGGUCGUGUAUGGCUCAGUUGGUAGAGCAUGGCUGUUGCACCACCAGGGUUGUGGAUUCAAUUCCCGUGGCCACUCGCAUAAAUUGUAUUCACGCACGACUGUAAGUCGCUUUGGAUAAAAGCAUCUGCUCAAUGGCAAUUAUUAUAAUAUUUUUACAUCAGAAGAUCUUCAGAGAAGAGACAGGAGAAUACCGUAAAUGUCUAAACAAUUGUGAAAAUCAUGCAUGCACUUAAUUGACAUUCAUUACAGCAAUUUCUAUUACCAAUAGUAAAGACAUCAUGGAGAACGGGGCACGAUUCCUUUAAGAGCACUUUUUAAUAUUUAAGGAUAAUUAGAACUUUACUGUUACAAUGUUUUUGUUGUCAUGGUGAUGACUUAGUGCCGGGUCAGAGGCAAUAUAUCUCCUCCAUCUUGUGCUUGUUGCUCAUCUGCAUCUGAAAUGGCACCCUAUUCUCUUUAUAGUGCACUAAUUUGUCCAGAGCUUCAUGGGCUCUGGCCAAAAGUAGUGCACUAUAUAGGGAAUAGGGUGCCAUUUCAGACACAGUUUCACUUAGACUAUGUCCCUCAAACUCUUCCAGUAUUUGUCUUCCAUUAAAAAGUGAAUGUCAGUUUAAAUAUACCCCAUGUUACGACACCUGCCUAUCAUUUAACAGACUCACAAAACUAUUUACAUAAAUUGUGGAUUCGUUGUCGUUUUAUUUCUGUUUGGAAUGUUUCCCAUUCUUCCUCUACCUACUCUCAUAAAAGUACAAGCAAUUUGUCCAGUCUGGACAACUGUAAAAAGGUUCGAAAAUAUUUUAUUUUUCCUUUCUUAAUUGAAGCAAUUUGACCUGCAGGACUUUCUCAGUUAUAUUGCAUGGGUGCUUGUAAAUAAGAUACAAAAGUCAAUCUUUUUUUAUUCAAAGAUCAUGUAAUAUAAACAAUGUAUUUAGCAUGAAGCAUGACUUAUUUUCAUAUAAACUUAGAUCCUACAAGAGAAAACAAAGUUUUUGCAGACAAUUCUUAUACCCUCGAUUUUGUUUAAUUUAAUUUAGAUAUUUUUUUUUGUAAAUUGAUAUUGUAUUUCUUCAGAUGAGCAGGUUUAUAAAGACAAAUCUUCUUCAGGGAGAAAUGUUAUGGGGAAAUCACUCUGCAAUUAUGAGGCCCUUCUACUCUGGGCUUUAGGUAUAACAGACCUGGGUUUAAAUACUAUUUGAAAGCUUUCAAAUACUUUGAAUGACGUUGAGUGCCAGAUGGGCAGGGUUUGUACUUUUGGGACUUUUCUAUUAGUUCCAUUGAGGCAAGCUCUAUCAAGCACAGCCCAAGUAUUUUAAAUUAUGUCAAAUACUGUAGCGUUUAAACCCAUGUCUGUUAGGUAUAAGAUUGAAAAGCCUCUAGUAUGGUUUUCAGUCUUCUUCCUCUUAAAAGAUAAAUAUGUCAAUGUUCUAGUGUUUUUCAGAAGUUAUCAAUAGUGUGUGUGUGUGAGUGUUUGUGUGUGUCCAACAACCAUACACCCUUUAACAUUGUGCCUGUUCUCAAGGCUUUGUGUUCCAAUGUCUUUGAUUGACAUGAUUUCAUAUUGAGCAGCACAUAUUUCUUUAUUUAUCACAAUAUUUUGUCAUUUUGUGACUAUGUUCCUAUUGGGUCCUAGUUCUCCUGGCAGAAACCUCAGUGUAAACUGACGGAGUAUAAGGAACUGUUUGACAUGGAGUUUAGAAUUCCUCAGAAUGUUCAGAACAAGUUCCACUGUUCUAAUUGGCUCCCUAGCCUACACCAGAUUAGCAUAGGCAAACCUUUUGUUCAAAGUUAUGUCAGAUACAAUAUAUUAAUGUAUGACUCAAUAGAGCCUGUUUUUAUGGAUGAUUUACUUUGGAAAAAUGACAGUACAAAGGAAAAGUAUUAUAUAAUGAGUGAUGUUUAAACCCUGCCAAUUGUUUAGGUUUUGAGUGAUUCAGUACAUUUAGCCCACUGCUGUAGAAGAUUAGUGUAAGCUAUAAUGAGAAUACAUUAAAGCCUUAGUCAGUUCAUGCUCUGGUAUGUUCAUAUAUACAUGCAUACAUUUAAAUGUUACAUUUUACCUUUAUUCGACUAGGCAAGUCAGUUAAGAACAAAUUCUUAUUUACAAUGACGGCCUACCGGGGAACAGUGGGUUAACUGCCUUGUUCAGGGGAAGAAUAACAGAUUUUUACCUUGUCAGCUUGGGGAUUUGAUCCAGCAACCUUUCGAUUACUGACCCAAAGCUCUAACCACUAAGCUACCUGCCGCCCAAUACUGUACAUACAUACAUACAUACAUACAUACAUACAUAAUGCAUACUGUACAUACUGUACAUACAUACAUACAUACAUACAUACAUACAUACAUACAUACAUACAUACAUACAUACAUACAUACAUACAUACAUACAUACAUACAUACAUACAUACAUUGGAGUGAGAUAAUGAAUAUGUUUCUGGUACAACCAGCAGAGGUAAUAGUGUUUGGACUGAGGUUAUGUGCAGAGUAGAGUCAGAGUAGAGUCAGAGAGGUCCAGAGUGUCAAAGUAGAGUCAGAAAGAGUCAGAGAGAGUCAGAGUAGAGCCAGAGUUGGUUACAGUAGUGGUUUAGAGCAGGGUUUCCCAAACUCGGUCCUGGGGUCCCCCUGGGUGCACGUUUUGUUUUUGCCGUAGCACUACCCAGCUGAUUCAAAUAAAUACAGCUUGAUGAUGAGUUGGUUAUUUGAAUCAGCUGUGUAGUGCUAGGGCAAAAAAGCAAAACGUGCACCCAGGGCCACAGGACCGAGUUUGGGAAACUCUGGUUUAAAGGAAAGGCAGAGAGUGACGACAGUAGUGGUUUAAAGGAAAGGCAGAGAGUGACUACAGUAGUGGUUUAAAGGAAAGGCAGAGAGUGACUACAGUAGUGGUUUAGAGGAAUGACAGAAAGUGACUGUGACAGCUAGACAGGGAGACAGACAAGCAAAUGUUCUGAGUUCCAUUGAGUUCCAUUGUCAUAGUAUUCUAUCAGCUGUGAUAGAGAACAAUGACAUUCUAUACAAUUCAAUGUGCUUCUAUCAAUGUUUACAUGAAGAAGAAAGAGCUACCUGGUCGUGUCUGAAAUGGUUCUAUAUUCCCAAUAUAUAGUGCACUUCUUUUGAUGAGAGCCCUGGUCAAAAGUAGUGCACUACAUAGGGAAUCAGGUGCCAUUUCAGACACACACUUACUGUCCCUGUAUACCUUGCUGCCAUCUCCAACCCCCCCCCGAGCACAGCCUCAAUCCGUCAGGGCAUUGGACUCUACAAGGUGUUGAAAGCGUUCUACAGGGAUGCUGGCCCAUGUUGACUCCAAUGCUUCCCACAGUUGUGUGGAGUUGGUUGAUGUCCUUUAGGGGAUGGACCAUUCUUGAUACACAUGGGAAACUGUUGAGCGUGAAAAACCAAGCAGCGUUACAAUUCUUGACACAAACCAGUUUGCCUGGCACCUACUACCAUACCCCGUUCAAAGGCCCUUAAAUAUUUUGUCUCAUCCAUUCACCCUCUGAACAGCACACAUACACAAUCCAUGCCUCAAUUGUCUCAAGGCUCAACAAUCCUUCUUUAACCUGUCUCCUACCCGUCAUCUACACUGAUUGAAGUGGAUUUAACAAGUGACGUCAAUAAGGGAUCAUAGCUUUCACCUGGAUUCACCUGGUCAGUCUAUAUCAUGGAGAGAGCAGGUGUUCUUAAUGUUUUGUACACACAGUGUAGUGGACUACUUUUGACCAGGGCCCAUAGGGCUCAGGUGCAAUUUGGGACGCAUCCAGUGACAUGCAGGGAAGGAAGAUGAACUCAUGGCCCUAUAAUGUUCGGCUUUACAAAUACAACGAUACCUGGAACUAGGACUGACUAACUGAAUGACAUGGAAAAUAUGAGAAGAAAAGGCUUCACUGCCUGAAAAGCCCUCGAAUUAAAAACAAAAGUUUUAACUAAAAACCUGCCAAACUUAAUCAUGCUCAAUAUAAGGUGUGCCUCCCAAAUGACAACCUAUUCCAUAUCUAGCUCACUAUGUUUGUCAAAAGUGCCGUUGGGGUGCCAUUUUGGACUCACACAAGGCCUGCCAUUUUCAUUUUCUCUGACAAUACGUUACAAUACUGCCAUGUUGGUAACUAUUUCAGAAGUGUCAGAAUGCCAUCAGAUAGAGAUGUCAAAUGUCAAAUUAUUUAUCUAUGAGAUGACAAUGUAAUACAGAGUAUCUACACCCGGCUGUUUGAUUGAUUUUCAAAUGAAUGUUUGAUUCUUUCCUUUUUGUGCAAUAAUAUUGCCAAAGACUGAUUUCAAACUAUUUCAUCCAUUCAUUCAUCCAUUCAUUCAUUCAUGUAAAUAUCAUAUUGUCCAAUAACUGUGGCAAAAAAAAGUAUCAAUGUUGUUUUUUUCCUUUCCAUUUUUCUAAAACCUACAAUAAUGUUUGUGAUGUAAUGUCUUCCAGUUGCAAUAAAUGAAAAAUACAAGUUGCAAAAGAUGACCUGAACUCGACUCUUGUGCGCGAAAGAAACCAUGUAUUAAGCAUGUAAUAAACAUGUAUUAAGCAUGUUAUAACCAUGUUAUUGAUCUCAACCCUAAUCAGCCCACACGUUACAGAAGUGCAUGAAAAAAAGUUGACUAUGACUGUGAUAUGUGUUUGUCCUACCUAGCUACCUUAAUAAGAUGAAUGCACAAACUGUAAGUCGCUCUGGAUGAAUGACUAAAAUGUCAACGGAAAUGCAAACGCUUGAAAGCUCAGUUGACUGAACUCACCUUUGAACUCUUCACAUACUAAGUAAAUUGAUCAAUAGGUUAUUCAGGCCAGUGCCUGUCAUUGGCUCACACAGAGUGUUUCCUGGUAGUCUUAAACAAAUCUACUGUGAAACAAAAGUAUACACCUCACACACAUGGUUAUGGACUUAAAGAAAGAAGACACCUGUACCACUUCAGAUAUAGAUUUAAAAUGCAUUCAACUUUGAGUUUGCAUAUUAAUAUUACACUUUCUAUACAUCACAGAAGUCUGAAAUAUAACAAAACCGUUUGACAUAGAAACACAGGAUUUUCGGCAGGUUUUAAAAA